GUGUUCGGUCGAUGAGAGUGUGGCCCAUGCUCCGAGAUCGAGUUCAGAGAGAUCAGUCCGUUGAUGAGUUCGUCCGUUCCAUGAGGGCGAAGGUUGUUGCCGAGGUUGUAGAGGGGUUUUACCGAGGCGCGGAUGGUGCCUUGGAGUAUAAAGGAAGGCUCGUUGUGCCGAAUGUCGAGGCCCUGAGGAAGGAGAUCUUGACCGAGGCUCACAGUGCACCCUAUUUGGCGCACCCCGGCAGCACCAAGAUGUACCCCGACCUGAAAUGGUCGUUUUGGUGGAGGGGCAUGAAGGGAGAUGUUGCUGAGUUUGUGAAGAAGUGCUUGGUUUGCCAGCAGCUGAAAGCCGAGCACAAGUUUCCACUGG